GUAGACUACUCUUUUUUUCCAUUUGUACUGCAUAUUAUAUUAUUUAUAUUAAUAAUAUAUUUUACAUCUAAAACUAACUACAUGUUAAAAGGCGUUUAAUUAUUAGUGUCAGAUUUAGUUUUAGCUGAAACCUAAACCUUGUUAGUUUUUAUAAUGACUGGGUCAGUACCAGACCUUUCAUCCGACCUUAUUACAGAAGUUAUAACCUCAGAAAAAAAUAUAUACAAUAGAUUUGUCACCAAUCUAAAACACAGUCUUUCUUGUGUCCUGGAGAACAUGUUGGAGAUACCUGGUUUUCAGUGGACAGUGAUCCUUCCUGUUUCUGACUGAUCCCAGAGCAGCUCUGUGGUGGAUAAUCUGCUCUAAUCUGUUAAUCUACCUCCGCCUCCUCCGUCUCUGCUCGGCUCCGUCUCUCCUCAGUCUGUUCGGACCUGCAGGGAUGAGAGCAGCGGGUCCAGGAGGAUUCCUGAUGCUGCCGUGGCCCGGGGGCAGCGGCAGUGAGUCGGACCCAGAGAUGGAGCCGGGGCCUGGGGAGGAGGGCCGGGGGGGCCUGCUGCUGAGAUGUGGAGCUCUGCUGGGACUCACUCUGAUCUGUGUGGCGGUGUUGAGGAAGUGGAUUGCAGGUGGAGUUUGUCGUUGUUCGGUUCGUCUGGACGGAAAGACGGUUCUGAUCACUGGAGCGAACACCGGCAUUGGCAAAGAGACGAGCAGAGAUCUGGCACGCAGAGGGGCCCGGGUGGUGAUGGCGUGCAGGGAUCUGACCCGGGCAGAGCGGGCGGCGGAGGAGAUCCGACGGACAACAGGAAACGGUAACGUGGUGAUCAGACACCUGGACCUCGCUUCGGUUUACUCCGUCAGACAGUUCGCUAAAGACUUCCUGGACAGUGAAGACAGACUGGACAUUCUCAUCAACAAUGCAGGCGUGAUGAUGUGUCCAAAAUGGUUGACAGAAGACGGCUUUGAGACUCAACUUGCUGUCAAUCAUCUGGGUCACUUCCUGCUGACCAAUCUGCUGCUGCCAAAGCUGAAAAGCUCCGCCCCCAGCCGAGUGGUCAAUGUGUCGUCCAUCGCCCACCGGGGGGGUCGUAUUGACCUCGACGACCUGUUCUUCAGCAGGAGGACGUACAGUUCUCUGGAGAGCUACCGACAGAGCAAACUGGCCAACGUCCUGUUCUCCAGAGAACUCGCCCGACGACUCAGAGGUUCUGGAGUGUCGUCGUUCUGUCUCCAUCCGGGUGUGAUCCGGACCGAGCUGGGUCGUCAUGUUCAGGGCUGGUUCCCCCUGCUGGGGGCGCUGCUGAGCCUCCCCUCCCUGCUGCUCAUGAAAACACCCACUCAGGGCUCCCAGACCACGGUUUACUGCGCCGUGACGCCGGGUCUGGAGGAACGGUCUGGACGAUACUUCAGUGACUGUGCAGAGAAGGAAGUAGCGCCAGAGGGACAGGAUGAUGUGAUGGCGAGGAAGCUGUGGGAGGAGAGCUCCCGAUUGGUUGGAUUAAAGGACACAUGCUGACCUCUGACCUCUGACCCCGAUGUCUGCGCGCAGUAGAAAAAGAGGAAGGGAAGGAUCUUCAGAUGAUAGCACCCCCAUCAGAUCGGACAGAAGAAGAGACGACAACAAGCAUCAGUAAAAUGUUCACUGUGAUUGACAACGACGAGAGCCAAUCAGAGGCAGCCUGCAACAGAGUUCAGGAUCUGAGCAAUACCACUAAUAUUAAUAUUAAUAAUCAAUACAGCUUUAUUUCUUUGCAUUAGUAAAUCAUUAUUAGUGAGUGUGUCAGAGUUGUGUGUUAUUGUUUGAAGAAUUUGUUUUUUCUGUCAAUUUAUUUUCCAUAAAAACAUGGAACUAAAACUUUAUUAAACAGCUGUGAAGGUAAAUUUAUUGUUAUUUAAAGAAAAUAGAAAUUCAUAGUGAUGUUAUUGAAAAUAGAGUCAUCGAGUGACUGGACUGAGAACAUGGUGUCUGACUGGAGAGUGUUUUACUGUGACCUUUGACCUGUGUGCAGGUCGGAAUGAAUGUUCUUUUA